AUGGAAUACGUGUCAAGGGAUCAAUUUAGGGAUCUCCAAGCGCAGCUGCAGAAUCAACAAACUCAAAUGCAGCAAAUAAUAGAGCUAAUUCAACGCAGUCAAUCGCCCCUUUCAAGUACGCCUACUCCAAAUCCGAAGCCCAUAUCAACAGCUCUACCGCCACCAAGCGAGGAUGACGCCGGCCGCGCGAGUAUAAUACAAGCAGUCAGCGCCAUGCGGAAGGAUGUUGGUCGAAAGCUUCAACAUAAACCAAGAUCUCUAAAGAUCUCCAAUUUCGCCGAUUGGAAAGAGGAUCUACUUAAAGACGCCCGUAUUAUAAACGCGGAGUCGAUUUUAAUUAACAAGGAGCUCAAUCCACCACAUGACAGUGAGGAGCUCAAUUCAGCAAUUUGGCAGAUGAAGAAUGAAGCUUUGGCUAUCCGAAUCUACCAGUUAAUGUCGCGAGAAGUGCAGGAUCGCCUAGGUCAGACGAAGGCCCAGGAGCGCUAUGACCUAGUGCGAGAAAUUAUCGAUAUCGAAUUACAUGAUGGCGAUUAUUUGGCGUACGAGAGCAAGCUUUCAACGCUCCAGGCACGCGCGAAACGCCUCCAUUAUAGGGCUACAAAAGGUGAUCCUGCAUAUGCACCACCACCGAAGCCCUCGGCCUCUGCGAAUUAUGUUGCGGAAUCAAGCACGCAACUACCUGAAUGGUAUGUGGAUACAUGCGCAUCGUACCACAUGACCCCCAGACAAGACGUCUUUUCAAGUACGAAAUUCUACCGACUGAUUGCUCACAUUCGUCCCUUUGGUUGUUGUGUUUGGUAUUAUAACGACCCAGGAUAUCAAGAUUUCAACAAGAUUGUUAGCCGCGGCGCUCCAGGUGUUUACAUCGGCAGUGAUUCUUCAACCAAUCAUAAGGUCUACGUCAAAGAGACAAACAAGGUUAUUCGGACUGGCCAUGUUUCAUUCAACGAACAGGCUCAGAGGGAACAGCCUACAGAAAAACCGAUUAAUUCUACCGUACCUCCGGACCCUGAACAUCUCGCGCAGGAAGCGCUGCAUCUCAUGGGGAUUCUCCCGCGGAGGAUAACGGACAAUCUGACUGGGUUCGACCUGCUAAAGGCUUUGCUCCAUUCGCAGGAUUUACCCCUACUUCGCCUGCUUCUGCUGAGGCAAAUCGGCCCCCGAUUCCAAAUACUUGGCAGGAAGCAAUGA